AUGGACCCCUUUCGACCGCAGUUUGACACUCGCUCCCCCUCUCAUGACACACUUCGCAGCGGGGCGCAUUCGCCGCGCAUCGAACACUACGAUGGUGAAGUUCCGCCUGCCCUCUCUCCGUUAGAUGCUUUCGCCGCCCAAGGUCGGCUUUUGGCUAGACAGCUAGAGGAGUCCGCCCGUAGAGAGCGGCGCAUGAGCAGACUCCCUCCGUCUACAGUUGCUCGCUCUCUCUCCCAGCCUCGACCGGGUUAUUUCCGUGCACCUUCCUCCGGAGAUUCCUCGCAGGGAGGACGAGGUCUGUCCCGACAACCGACGCAAAAAGCCAACCCUGAGGUGGAAGAACCCAAAUUUCGCCCGCAAUCCGAACACCCCCGCCUCAGCUCCGUAUCACAUCUCGCCAGCGAGGACGGCCGUUCUAGUUAUUAUAACGCGACCCCCAAGAACGAACCGGUAAUACCUGAGGCGCCAUGUUCGGAGCCUCUUGUCGAGGAACCAUCCGCCCGAGCUGCUCCCGAACCGCCUCGUCGAUUUUAUGCGGCUGCUCCCCCCGGGGUUUCUUUGACUGGACCGCCCCGAACUUCAUCGAGCGACUCCGCCUCUCGACUGAACGUUCCUCGGAGCCUGGCUCCGCCCGCAUCGCCUCUUUCGCGACCGUCCAGCAGCUCUCGAGUUCCGCAGCAGGAGAGUUCUGACGAUGACUACAGUAGUUCUAAUGGGGGCUCGAUGUUUUCCAAACCACGCAAGAUGUCAUCGUGCAGCGCUGCGUCUAUGCCCCAUUCGCCCAUGUCUCCUAUGGUCCGUUCUCAUCCUCGCUCGCCAUCCCUGAGCUCGGAGACCUCGAACAACGGGACUCACCUGCCGCGUCCCUCGUACAAUUUCUCGCGCCCGCUUAGUCGCUCGAGCACUAGCGUUUCUGCCCCUGCUCCCACUAUAUACUCGGAGCCGGCGUCUAGCGCUGCGCCCGGUACUAUGAGCCGCGGACACAAACCCAAGCCUAUCAUGGUUCCGUCACACUCUGAUCUGGCUAGCUACCUGGGGGAGGAUCCGUCGUCCGCCGUCUCUUCUUACAUCUACGCCAAAUACUCCCUUCCCCGCGGUCGCAACGUGUCGCGCGACUCGGUAGUAUUUUCUGGCCUGCAGACUCCCCACUUUGAAUGGCAGGAGCCAUUGUUCGAAAGCCCAGAGCAGAUAAAAAAUGCGCAGUCGCCGAUGCCCGCGCGGACUCCGUCGCCGCCGCCUUCUCGCCAGGGCUCGAUUGCGUCGCAGCAAACCCAUUCCGUGUACGAACAAGCGCCUUCCGAGCGUCGGCUAUUGACUUCCGACGCGGCCUCCUCAUCCGAUCAUAUUCCGCUGUCUCCCAAGAUCGCACCCUCGGAGCCUGUUGCCCCGGAGCCUGUACCUUCAGAUCCUGCUCCCUCAGACCCCACCCCCUCAGAUCCUGCACCCGCGGAGCAGCCAACCCCGGAAGUGCCCCCUGCAGAGGACAAGAACGAGACCAACUCAUCGGCAGACUCGUCGUCGACUCUUCGGCCGCAGACUGCAAGGCCGGCGUCAUCAUCUGGUCCCGUCUCGGCGGAUGAGCACGUGACGAAGGGAAUCGAAUGCCACGAAAAUGGGUCUUUGAAAGAAUCUACCUACCAUCUGCGGAUCGCCGCGAAACAAAACCACCCCACGGCCAUGCUGCUUUAUGCUUUGGCUUGUCGACAUGGCUGGGGAAUGCGGCCGAAUCAGCGGGAGGGUGUCCAGUGGCUGCGAAAAGCCGUGGACUCGGUCGGCGUGGAACUGGUGGAUGACUCCAACACGUCCAUUCCGGUCCGGGCCAGAGAACUCCAGAAAGCCUACCGAGCACAGUUCGCGCUGAGUAUCUACGAACUUGGCGUUAGUCACCUCAACGGCUGGGGAAUCGAACAGGACAAAUCUUUGGCCCUGCGGUGUUUUGAGAUUGCCGGUCAAUGGGGCGAUGCCGAUGCCCUCGCCGAGGCGGGUUUCUGCUACGCCGAAGGCGUCGGCUGUAAGAAAGAUUUGAAGAAGGCGGCCAAAUUCUACCGACGGGCGGCUGCGAAGGGUAUGAACAUGGUUGGAAACAGCUGGUAG